AUGGCCAUCGCGCAUUCUCAUACCCCCUCUGCACUCCUGGAUCACCCCCUACCCGUGUCCGACGACGACACUCAAAAUGGUUUCAACACCGUAGAGCGCGACCCCACCUCCUGGGACGGCGCCCUCCCCGCCAGCCAGGGUCUAUACGAAAAUCAGUACGAGAAGGAUGCCUGUGGUGUCGGCUUCAUCUGUCAAAUCAAGGGCGAACAGAGCCACAAAAUCGUCUCGGACGCGCGACAGCUUCUCUGCGCCAUGACCCACCGCGGGGCGACAGGCGCAGACAGCCGUGAUGGCGAUGGUGCUGGUGUCAUGACAGGUAUUCCUCACCUCUUCUUCAAGCGUGAGGCCGAGCGAGACAUCGGCGCCGAGCUGCCCGACGCUGGGCAGUAUGCCGUCGGAAAUGUCUUCUUCAGGGCGAACGACCCUGUCGGCAUGCAGAAGCAGCAGGCCGUGUUCUCCAAGAUCGCAGGGGAUCUGGGCCUGCGCGUUCUGGGAUGGAGGGAGGUGCCUACUGACGGGACGAUCUUGGGUCCUGCUGCUGCCAGUAAGGAACCUACCAUCAUGCAGCCCUUCGUUGUGCUUCGAUCCCACUACGGAGACGGCAACACCCCUCGCGGCAGCGCAUUCGAUGCUACCCACUUCGAGCGUCAACUCUACGUCCUCCGUAAGCACGCUACCCAUAGCAUCACACUCUCGAAAGGCUUCUACGUCUGCUCCCUCUCGAGCAAGAACAUCGUUUACAAGGGCCAGCUCUCCCCGCCGCAAGUCUACAACUACUACCAUGACCUGAACCAUGUGCUCUACAGCUCUCAUUUCGCGCUCGUACACUCCCGUUUCUCUACCAACACAUUCCCCAGCUGGGACCGCGCGCAACCCAUGAGAUGGGCUGCCCAUAAUGGUGAGAUUAACACCAUCCGUGGCAACAAGAACUGGAUGCGCGCACGCGAGGGUGUUCUAUCUUCUUCCCACUUCGGCGACCAGCUCGAUCUGCUUUACCCGAUCAUCGAGUCCGGCGGAUCUGACUCCGCGGCGUUUGAUAACGUUCUCGAGCUACUGGUUGUCAACGGCGUCUUGACGCUCCCAGAAUCCGUGAUGAUGUUGAUCCCCGAGGCGUGGCAGGGGAACGACACGAUGGAGCCGGGGAAGGCGGCCUUCUAUAACUGGGCAGCCUGCUUGCAGGAGCCUUGGGACGGUCCUGCGCUCUUCGCGUUCAGCGAUGGCCGCUACUGCGGUGCCAACCUCGACCGGAAUGGCUUGCGUCCCUGCCGGUAUGUCGUGACGAACGAGGACAUUAUUGUUUGUGCGUCCGAGGUGGGCGCCGUCUUCAUCCCUCCAGAGAAGGUCGUCUCGAAGGGCCGCCUCAAGCCCGGGCGCAUGCUUCUCGUCGACACUGUGGAGGGCCGCAUCGUCGACGACAAGGAGUUGAAGCAGAGCACCGCCGCCAAGCAGAACUUUGCUUCGUGGAUCGAGACGCAUGUCCUGCAUGUCCCGAACAUCGUCAAGCGCGUCAAGCGUUCGCAGUCCAUUGACCCCGUCAUCGACGAGUACUCGCUGAGCACGGACCCGAAGCUCCUCGCGUUCGGAUACACCGUCGAACAGCUCAACAUGCUUCUCCUGCCCAUGGUCACCGACGGUAAGGAGGCGCUUGGCUCUAUGGGCAACGACGCGCCGCUCGCAUGCAUGUCCACGCAAUGCCGCCUCAUCUACGAGUACUUCCGCCAGCUCUUCGCUCAGGUGACGAACCCUCCUAUCGACCCGAUCCGCGAGAGCAUCGUCAUGUCGCUCGAGGCGUACAUCGGGCCCGAGGGCAACCUGCUCGAGAUGAACCCGCAGCAGUGCCAACGCAUCCUCCUCCGCUCCCCCAUCCUCACCAUGGAGGAGAUGAACGCGAUGAAGAGCCUGAAGUACGCGUACUCGACCUGGCCGUCGCGCGUCAUCGACAUCACCUUCCCGAAGGAGCAAGGCCUGCCGGGAUACCGGGUCGCGCUCGAGCGCGUCUGCAGCGAGGCGAUGGAGGCUAUCGAGGAGGGCGUGAAGGUCAUCGUCCUCUCGGACCGCGCGACUGGCAUCGACCGCAUUCCCUUGUCGGCUUUGAUCGCUGUCGGCGGUGUUCACCAGCACUUGGUCGCGCAGAAGAAGCGCGCUAAGGUCGCCCUGCUCGUCGAGACUGGUGAGGCGCGUGAGGUUCACCACCUUUGCGUUCUCCUGGGUUAUGGUGCCGACGGUAUUUGCCCGUGGCUGGCGUUGGAGUGCAUCCACAAGGUUGUUCGUGAGGGCUUGGUCAAGGACAACAAGACCUACGAGGAGCUUCUGGAGAACUUCCGCCACUCCGUUGACAGCGGCAUCCUCAAGGUCAUGUCCAAGAUGGGUAUCUCCACGCUGCAGUCGUACAAGGGCGCGCAGAUCUUCGAGGCGCUCGGCCUGCACACCGAGGUCAUCGAGGCGUGUUUCACGGGCACCGCGAGCCGUGUCCAGGGUGCUACGUUCGACCUCCUAGCGAUGGACGCGUUUGAGAUGCACGAGCGCGGAUGGCCGACGCGCGACACCGUCCUCCCUCCGGGCAUGCCCGAGUCUGGCGACUACCACUGGCGCUCCGGCGGCGAGGCGCACAUCAACGACCCGUCCGGCGUCGCGAACCUCCAGGACGCUGUGCGCGAGAAGAACCAGCGCGCGUACGACGCGUACGCGGACAAUGCGAACCAGCAAACUCGCCACGUGCACCUCCGAGGCUUGCUCGACUUCCGCUACGAGAACGCUACUCCUAUCCCCAUCGAGCAAGUCGAGCCGUGGAGCGAGAUCGUGCGCCGCUUCGUCACCGGCGCGAUGUCGUACGGUUCGAUCUCGAUGGAAGCGCACUCGACGCUCGCCAUCGCCAUGAACCGUCUCGGCGGCAAGUCGAACACGGGUGAGGGUGGGGAGGACGCGGAGCGUUCGCUGGUCCUAGCGAACGGCGAUACGAUGCGGUCCGCGAUCAAGCAGGUCGCGUCCGGUCGUUUCGGUGUCACCUCGAACUACCUGGCCGACGCGAACGAGCUGCAGAUCAAGAUGGCGCAGGGCGCGAAGCCCGGAGAGGGCGGUGAGCUGCCUGGUCACAAGGUCUCUACGUCCAUCGCUCGCACUCGUCACUCGACCGCCGGCGUCGGUCUCAUCUCGCCCCCGCCUCACCACGACAUCUACUCCAUUGAGGAUCUGAAGCAGCUCAUCUACGACCUGAAGUGCUCGAACCCUCGCGCGCGUGUCUCCGUGAAGCUUGUCUCAGAGGUCGGCGUCGGUAUCGUCGCCAGCGGUGUCGCGAAGGCGAAGGCAGACCACAUCCUGAUCUCUGGCCACGACGGUGGUACAGGUGCUUCGCGCUGGACGGGUAUCAAGCACGCUGGUCUGCCGUGGGAGCUUGGUUUGGCUGAGACGCAUCAGACCCUCGUCUUGAACGACCUUCGUGGCCGUGUCACUGUGCAGACGGACGGUCAGAUCAGGACGGGCCGUGACAUCGCCAUCGCAUGUCUUCUGGGUGCCGAGGAGUGGGGCUUUGCUACUACGCCUCUCAUCGCUAUGGGCUGUAUCAUGAUGAGGAAGUGUCACUUGAACACUUGCCCAGUCGGUAUCGCCACCCAGGACCCUCAGCUGCGCGCGAAGUUCGCUGGUCAGCCCGAACAGGUCAUCAAUUUCUUCUAUUACAUCGCCGAGGAACUCCGUGCCUACAUGGCGAAGCUUGGUUUCCGUACCAUCAACGAGAUGGUUGGUCGCGCGGACAUGCUCAAGGUCGACGAGAAGCUCCGCACGCCGAAGACCGCGCACCUCGACCUCUCCGCGAUCCUCAAGCCUGCGUGGCAGAUGCGCCGCGGUGCGGCCACGUAUCGUGUCCGUCCCCAGGACCACAAGCUCUACAUCCGCCUCGACAACAAGUUCAUCGACGAGUCCGAGCCCGCUCUUACGAAGGGCCUGCCUGUCCAUAUCGAGUGUGACGUCACGAACACCGACCGCGCACUUGGCACUUCGUUGUCAUAUCGGGUUUCCAAGCUUUACGGCGAGGAGGGCCUGCCCAGGGACACCAUCCACAUCAACAUGAGCGGAUCUGCCGGACAGUCUCUCGGCGCAUUCCUUGCUCCUGGUAUCACGAUUGAGCUGGAGGGUGACGCAAACGACUACGUGGGCAAGGGCUUGUCCGGUGGUCGCCUGAUCCUGUACCCUCCGAAGCAGUCCACGUUCAAGGCCGAGGAGAACAUCAUUGCCGGCAACGUUUGUCUGUACGGCGCGACGUCGGGUGAGGCGUUCAUUCGUGGAGUCGCCGCGGAGCGUUUCGCAGUCAGAAACUCCGGUGCCAACGCCGUCGUAGAGGGAACCGGUGACCAUGGCUGCGAGUACAUGACUGGCGGCCGUGUGGUCGUUCUCGGAAGUACCGGACGGAACUUCGCCGCCGGUAUGAGCGGAGGAAUUGCCUACGUUCUGGACACUGCGCACACAUUCGCCUCUAAGGUUAACAUGGAGAUGGUGGAACUCGGAAAGGUCACCGAUCCCCGUGAGAUCGCGCAGCUGCGUGGGUUGAUCGAGGACCAUCGCCACUACACCGGAUCUGAGGUCGCAGAUCGUGUCCUCCAUGACUUCCAUCAUUUGCUUCCGCUAUUCGUCCGCGUCAUGCCCAUGGAUUACAAGCGUGUACUCGAGGAGCAGGCUGUCAAGGCCAAGGAGGAGAAGAUGCGGCAAAGCGUGGUCGACCUCAUUCCGUCGCGGACCGCGAGCCAGGUUGACCUGGCUUCGGAAGGUCUCGAGGACAUCCUCACCCCGAAGGAGCGUCCUCUUUUGACUCCCAUGCGUUCAUCCUCGAAGGCUCGCCACGAGCCUCUGAUGCUUGAUAUGGAGGAUUCCUUGGUGGACGAUGCCACGACAAAGCAGCGUUUGAAUAAGCUGGACAAGACACGCGGAUUCAUGAAAUACAAGCGUCUCACGGAGACGUACCGCCCCCCUCGCAAGCGGGUCAAGGACUGGAAGGAGAUCUCCACACGCCUGACUGAGGAAGAACUGAAGUACCAGUCCGCGCGUUGCAUGGAUUGCGGUGUUCCGUUCUGCCAGUCCGACACCGGCUGCCCGAUUUCCAAUAUCAUUCCCAAGUGGAACGACCUCGUCUUCAAGAAUCAAUGGCAAGAUGCGCUUAACCGUCUUCUGAUGACGAACAAUUUCCCCGAGUUCACAGGUCGUGUGUGCCCUGCGCCUUGCGAGGGGGCAUGUGUGCUGGGUAUAAAUGAACAGCCGGUGGGUAUUAAGAGCAUUGAAUGCGCCAUCAUCGACAAGGGCUUCGAGAUGGGGUGGAUGCAACCCAAGAUCCCUCAGUUCCGUACGGGCCGCAAGAUUGCUAUCAUUGGGGCUGGACCAGCAGGUUUAGCUUGCGCAGACCAAUUGAACAAGGCUGGCCACACCGUUACGGUGUACGACCGUAAUGAUCGCAUGGGUGGUCUUCUCAUGUACGGCAUCCCGAAUAUGAAGCUCGACAAGUCGGUCGUGCAGCGGCGCCUGGAUCUUAUGGCCGCCGAGGGCGUGACGUUCGUGCCCAACACGCACGUUGGCAAGGAUAUCGAUGUCAACGACCUCCGUGCCGAAAACGACGCCGUCAUCAUGUCCACCGGUGCUACAUGGCCUCGUGAUUUGAAGAUCCCCCACCGUGAAGCCGAUGGUAUUCAUUUCGCCAUGGAGUACCUGCAGCUGAACACGAAGUCCCUGCUGGAUUCUGAGCUCCAAAACGGCAACUAUAUCAGCGCGAAGGGCAAGGACGUCAUCGUCAUCGGUGGCGGUGAUACUGGAAACGACUGCAUUGGCACUGCGAUGCGUCACGGAGCCAAAUCGGUCACGAACUUCGAGCUGCUCCCCAAGCCGCCUGCUGCUAGAGGAAGAGAUAACCCGUGGCCGCAGUGGCCGAGGGUCUUCCGUACCGAUUACGGACAUACCGAAGUCGCGGCUCACUUUGGCAAUGAUCCUCGUGAAUAUUGCAUCUCCACCAAGGACUUCGUCGUGGAUGACGAGGGCAAGCUCGCGGGACUUAACACUGUUCGUGUCGAGUGGACGAAGGACAGCGGUGGACGCUGGAAGAUGGAGGAGGUUCCCGGCUCCGAGAAGUUCUUCCCGGCACAGCUUGUCUUCCUCGCACUCGGUUUCCUUGGACCCGAGUCUGACGCUAUCAAGGCUCUUGGGCUCAAGCAGGACGCACGGUCGAACAUCCAGACGCCGCAGAAGAGCUACCACACCAGCGUCGAUGGUGUCUUCGCCGCCGGUGACUGCCGCCGUGGCCAGUCUCUAAUCGUCUGGGGUAUCAACGAGGGACGCAUGUGCGCUGCUGAGGUCGACAGAUGGCUUAGCGGUGGCAAGACGAGACUGCCUGAUGACGGAGGGAUCAAGAAGCGGGUCUUCAUUCCCCCCGCGAGUACGCUCUCGAGUGGAACGCAGGUAGUGCAGGUCGAGGCUUAA